AUGUCCCCCCCCUUCAACACCCAAGGCGAUCACCCAAGCCACCCCAAAAAAACCAUGCGCGCCGUAAUCUGGUCCGGCCACCCCCACAACAUGACCGUCCGCACCGUCCCCCGUCCAACCCUCCGCCACCCGCAAGACGCCAUAAUCCGCAUCUCCACCGCCGCCAUCUGCGGCACCGACCUGCACACCUACCACGGCAUCUUCGGCAGCACCACCCCGCCCUGGACCAUGGGCCACGAAGGCGUGGGCGUCAUCGUCGAAACCGGUCCGGGGCUCACCCACUUCCACGUCGGCGACCGCGUGCUGGUCCCCUGCGGCGCGAACUGCGGGUUUUUUUCGGUGGACAAACGGGCUGAGGACUUGGGGCAUUUGUAUGGGGCUGGGCCGGAUUUUGGUUUUGGUUUUGGGAGUGAUGGCGGGGCCCAGGCCGAGUAUUUACUUGUGCCGUUUGCGGAUGACUCGCUUGUUGCUAUACCCCCUAGCCAGGACAUCUUCGCGAGCGACCUGGAUUACAUCUCCCUAACCGAUAUCUUCCCCACCGCCUGGGCCGGCCUAGACUACUCCCAUUUCCACCCGGGCGACACAGUCGCCAUCUUCGGUCUCGGCCCCGUCGGUCUGCUAUGCGCAUACAUCGCCCUCCUCCGGGGCGCCUCCCGCGUCUACGGCAUCGACCACGUCCCCGCGCGGCUAGCCAAAGCCGCCUCCAUCGGGGCGGUACCGAUCGACUUUUCGGUAGCGUCAGGCGCGGAGGGCCCAGCGAGUGAUCAGAUUCUGCGGAGGGAACCUUUGGGGGUGGAGAGGAGUGUGGAUUGUAUCGGGCAGGAGUGUGUUAAUCAUGAACUGCGGCCGGAGCAGGAUUAUGUGCUGCGGGAGGCGGUCAAAGUAACCAAAUUCAACGGGGGGAUAGGGAUACUAGGUGUGUAUAUUGCGCAGGGGACAUCGGAGGGGACGCCGCGGGGUGGGGAGAUGAAGGGGGAGUUGAAGGUGGGCGUGCCGGAGAUGUUUAGGAAGAAUUUGACGGUGGGGAUGGGGCCGGUGAAUACGUCGUUGUAUGAGAUUGUGCCGAGGGCGGUGGAGUUGGUGAGGACGGGGAGGGUCAAGUUGGGGUGGAUUGUUACGGCGCAGAUUGGGAUUGAGGAGGCGCCGGAGGCGUAUCGGAGGUUUGAUCGGAAGGAGGAGAUUAAGGUUGUGAUUCGGUUUCCGUGGGCCAUGGGGAAGCCUUCUUCUUUGGCGGAGACAGCUGAGGCGGGGACUACGAGUGGUGAAGGUGAGAGUAGCAAGGCUGAGAAGACCUCGGGAAAGGCCGUAGAAGAGAGGAGGAUCCCAAGAGAGGGAUCUCAAGGGGAGGAUCUUGCUGACCUUGGGAUUUUCCAACACUAA